UAUAAAACAAUUGAUUCGUCAUUUUCCUCCACAUACCAACCACCAUCCCUUUAUCCCACCGCCUAUUCUAAAUUCCUGCCUUCCUCGUGCGAAAGCAGUUCGCCUUAUUUCGUGCCUCAUGAUUCAAGUGAUCUUACUAUCACCACAAAAACCCUUGACGACAUAAUAAACUCAGUCAUAUCCAAUGAAGAAC